AUGGGUGGAUCAUGGUAUCAACAUACUGGCGGUGGUUCAAACUAUCUCUGCCUACCAUUGAAUCCAAUAUUUGACAAAAUCACUUCUGGUAGUCAGGGACACAGCUAUAUGUACAGUACUGAGUACGAAACAUCUAGUCAUCCUAACGUGUUUCCCCAAAACGUCCAUGACCAUGAUGCACCUUGUGCAGUCUGCUACACCAAGUCACGUGGUAGUCACCUGAUGAUUCCAGCUCGUAAUGUCUGUCCCUCAAGUUGGACCUUGGAGUAUGAAGGUUAUCUCAUGUCAGAAUAUUAUGGCAACAACAAUGGAAGAACCCAGUUCGUUUGUGUUGACGGGAACGCUGAAGGUACAACUGGAUCUCAGAGUGGUCAGAAUGGUGCACUACUGUAUUUUGUUGAAAGUUCCUGUGGCUCUCUUCCUUGUCCACCAUACGCCGAUG